GUUGCGAUGUUGUUGACUUGAGGCAGCUAGUGCGCUACAUGCUACUGCUUUAUCAUUAUUACUUUAAAUAAAACGAAUGCUUACACUACAUUUCCACAAUGGAAAAAACUGUUUCAUUGUACAUUUGUAAGCGCCGGUAAUGCCACAACUUAACAAGCUCUGUUCCUGAAGGCACCACGGCACCUAUUGACCCUCAAGUCCAAAUCUUACACAACUUUUAGAGAACAUUGAACUCUCAUCUGCAGCCAUACAGUUUUAGUUUUCUCUUGUUUUAGUUUUUUGUACCCAGUAAUAGUAGUUUCCCCCAUGGCGGAGCAUUUCCACCUGAACACCCCUCUCCUGGAGAGUGUGGGCAUGUCCAAGAGGCUGGGAACUACAGUGUAUUUGAAGAUGGAGAAUUCACAGCCCUCUGGUUCCUUCAAGGUCCGAGGGAUUGGACAUCUCUGUCAGCAGCUCGCUGGACAAUCCAAAGGAGUUGUGUGCGCUUCAGGUGGAAAUGCAGGUAUGGCUGCUGCCUACGUAGCCAGAAAGAUGGGGGUACCAGCCACUGUCGUAGUCCCCUCCUCCUCUCCACAGCUGGUGGUCCAGAGACUCCAGGACGAGGGGGCUGCUGUAAAGAUUGUAGGGAAGGUUUGGGACGAUGCAAAUGCAGAGGCGCUGAGGCUGGCAGACAGUGAAGGGCUCACGUUUGUGCCGCCCUUUGAUCAUCCCUUGCUUUGGCAAGGCCACGCCACUAUGAUGGCGGAGGUUGCGGCCUCCCUGGGAGCCGGUGAGAAGCCCGGAGCUGUGCUGCUGUCGGUGGGUGGAGGAGGCCUCCUGUGUGGGGUCAUCCAGGGCCUGAAAGACGUGGGCUGGAUGGACGUACCCGUCGUUGCCAUGGAGACGGUGGGGGCAGACUGCUUCAACGCAGCGAUCAAGGCGGGAAAGAUGGUCACGUUGCCUGACAUCACCAGUGAAGCCAAAUGUCUCGGAGCAAAGACGGUGUGCAAGCAAGCCUUUGAAUACAGCCAGCGCAGCGACCUGACGGUCAUCUCUGAGCUGGUGACCGACCGCCAGGCUCUGCAGGCCAUCCAAACAUUCCUGGAUGAGGAGCGUGUUUUGGUGGAGAUGGCAUGUGGCGCUGCGCUGGCGGCUGUUUACAGUGGACUCAUACACAGAUUACAGGAUGAAGGCCGCCUGCCGACCCUCUUGCGCCCCCUGCUGGUGAUCGUGUGUGGCGGCAGCAGCAUCAGCCUGGACCAGCUGACCAGCCUCAAACACAAACUACACACAGAAACCUAAAGCAUGUGUGGAACCAGGAUGUCUAGUCAUGGAAAACAUGUUUUACAAUAAUGUAAAAGGUCAGCUCAAAUAUAACACCGUAAUAGAUUUGUCUACAAAACACUUUUAAGUAAACACAUCCAUACAACACUUUAAUUUCCUGGAAAUAAUUAAUCCUUAAUAUCUUUUUUUAAUGAUUAUACAUUUGUUUGAGUUUAGAAAUGUAUAUGAAAAAAGUCAAAUAAAAUAAUGUAUAAACAAAUAUUCGACUUUAGCUCCUAGUUUCUCCACAAGGUGGCGCCACUAAUCCAUGUUGAAA